AUGGAUGACAAGUUUGAUGUCACACUCGAGAGUCACGCCACAGGCGUUGAAGAUGUGCUGCAGACCAAAGAUGCCCUUCGUCAUGACAACAAGGCCGAGCAUGAACUGACUGUAAAGCAAGUUUUGAAAAGUCACCCCAUACUCGUAUGGUGGAUCUUCUACUGGGCCAUGGCUGGCGUAAGCUGGGGUUUUGACGCUCAGGCCAACGGGGCCAUGAUUGGAGUCGAGUCGUUUCGCCGCGACUUUGGCUAUUACAGAUCCAGCGACCAGAAAUACAUCCUCCCCGCCGAUUGGCAGAGCGCUUUCAACACAAUCGGCAGCGUUGGCCAAUUCUUUGGCGGCUUCAUUUGCGCCUGGACAGCCGACCGCAUCGGUCGUCGGCCCUCCUUACUCAUAGGCCUGAUCAUUGCUGCUGCUGGCGUUACCGGCCAGGUUCUUUGUACCGCCAAGGUUGCUUUUCUAGUAUCCAAGCUCAUUCUUGGAAUUGGUCUCGGGUUUUACUUGACUCUCGCGCCUCUGGUGUCUUCGGAGCUCAGUCCUGUCGUCUUUCGCGGCAUUGCCUCGGCGGGCGUCCAAUUUGGCAUCGGGUCUGGCCAGCUCAUUGCCAACGGAGCCGUGGCUGGCUUUGGAGAGUGGACUUCGCGCUGGGCGUAUCGCGCGCCAUUUGCUUUUCAGCUGUUUUUCCCGGCAUUCUUCCUCAUAUUUUUGCCGUUUGCCCCCGAGUCGCCUUGGUAUCUCGCUCGCCGGGGUAAGCGUGAAGAGGCCAAAAAGUCGCUAUGUCGCCUAUUUGGAUCGGGCAUUGAUGCAGACGCCAAGCUGCUAGCAUUGGAGGCGACAAUCGCCGAGGAGGAGGCGGCCAAGUCUAACUCCAGCACACUUGUCAACUGCUUCAAGGGAACAAACUCUAUUCGUUCCAUCAUCAGCAUGUAUAUUUUUUGCUGUCAGCAUUUUGUUGGUAUUAUCUUCGUUCUCGGAUUCUCCAGCUAUUUCUUCCAGCUUGCCGGUCUGCCCACGGGUUCCAGCUUCAACAUGGGGGUCGGCGUGACUGCUUGCGGUCUAGCAGGCAACAUUGUUAGCUGGUUUACAGUCAACAGCCUUGGCCGUCGCAAGCUCUUCUUGGGCGGCAUGGGCAUCCUUACCACGAUUCUACUGCUCAUCGGAAUCCUGGAUCUGGUUCAUACAGGAGGGGCCAAGUGGGCACAGGCUGCUCUCACCGUCAUUUACGCCUUUUUCUACUUCCUGUCUCUAGGUGCCAUGGCUUUUACUAUUCUCUCAGAGACGAGUAGUACUACACUUCGGGCCCAAUCGAUUGCUCUCGCAACGGCGACCCAAGCUGUGAUGGGCACUGCGUUCAAUUUUGCGAUUCCUUACAUGAUCAACCCGGAUGAGGGCAAUCUCAAGGGCAAGGUCGGGUUUGUUUUCGGAGGACUUGGUCUUCUUGCGUCUAUUGGGAGCUACUUUCUCAUUCCUGAACUGAAAGAUCGCACCUUUGACGAGAUUGACGCCAUGUUCCAGAGACGUAUUCAACCUCGCAAAAUGGGUUCUUACAAGUUUGAGUAG